GUUUUGGUUGUCGUCAAGUAUCUAUUCGAAGAUUGAUUCCGUGAACCCGGUAUUUUAUUGAGCUUAGUUUUAGUAGUCGUAGUUUAUCAAUUGUCAUCGAUCAUAAAAAGUAAAGUCAAAUAAAAAGUAGAAUCGAAAUCAAUUUUGAAAAGAUCUGUGAACCAAGCUCGAGCUAAAAAAACAUUCAACAUAAAAAUUUUCGGAUUCGUUCUAUCGAAUCGGCAUUAAAACCAAAAUAAAUAAAAAAGGAGAAUUAGUUGGAAACAUUGAAAAAAUCGUUGCAUAUAAAACGUAUAAUAAUUCUUCGUACUACGGUGAAGUGGAAAUAGACGAGGCACAGUCAAUUAUUCAAAAAAUCGGUUCGUGUCGUUAAUUAACAAGAAAAGUUUUUCUUUGUAAAAAUUAGAAUUAUUAAAUAUUUAAUUACAGUUUUUAAUAUAGUGUGUUGAAUAGCGGUUAAAACGGUGGUUACAAAGUCAAGUGGCCAAAAUUUCAAUUGUAAUUCUGUAUCCCAUUGCAAUAAAAAGUUUUGAAGGAGCAUUGAAAGUUUGCAAAGUUUACAUUCAUCGGGUCAAGUGUAGAGUGUAUUUAAAAAAAAGACAAUCCCAAGUGUUUUAUACUUAACAGUGUUAAGUGCAAUAUUAAUCAAAUAAAGUGAAUAAAAAGUCGUUGCGGCUAGUGUGAAAAAUAUUAAAACGUUUCCGACUGCAUCUAAAGUCAAAAGCCACUAAAUAACUCAACCGUAAAACAUGAUGGAACAUCAAAAUCAGCAGGAUCUAGUCCCUACCGGAGCUCCAGCAGAGGUGCCAAACGAUCCAGGGAAAAUGUUCAUCGGAGGGCUGAGUUGGCAAACAAGUCCAGAAAGCUUACGGGAUUACUUUAGCAAAUUCGGAGAAAUUACAGAAGUUAUGGUAAUGAAGGAUCCUACAACUCGACGGUCUAGCCCAUAUGACACAUCCAACUCCGGAUUGGCUGAAUCCUCAGCGCCCCAAUACGUCCACAGAGGUUUUGGUUUUAUAACAUUUGGGGAUCCAUCUAGCGUAGAUAAAGUAUUAGCACAAGGAAUACAUGAAUUAGAUGGAAAAAAGAUUGAUCCAAAAGUAGCAUUUCCUAGAAGAGCACAUCCAAAGAUGGUAACGAGAACAAAAAAAAUAUUUGUGGGCGGGUUGUCCGCACCAACAACACUAGAAGACGUAAAGAGCUACUUUGAACAAUUCGGACCGAUAGAAGACGCGAUGCUAAUGUUUGACAAACAAACAAAUCGACAUAGGGGAUUUGGAUUUGUUACAUUUCAGAGUGAAGAUGUGGUAGACAAAGUUUGUGAAAUUCACUUCCAUGAAAUAAAUAAUAAAAUGGUUGAAUGUAAAAAAGCACAACCGAAAGAAGUGAUGCUCCCAGCAAAUUUAGCGAAAACAAGAGCUGCAGGACGAACAGCAUACGAUAAUAUAAUGUGGGGCCUUGGGACAUUACCCGAUGGUUUCCAAGCUGCAGCAUAUAUGGCAGCAGCCGGACGCGGUUAUUCGGGUUAUCCUAGUUUCGGAUUACCCUACCCCACAGACAAACUUUAUUUUCCAGUGGAUCUGACAAAUGGCCAACUAACACCCAACAACAAUACACCACUCCUCACACAAGCGCUUUCAGUGAUGAAUAACUAUCAAGCAGCAGCAGCAGCCGCACAGGGUUUUGGUCCACCAGCAUCACCGCAUACAACAACAACGAGAGGUGGUUUCCCGGCUGCUAAUUCUCCUGGACCCACAAUUGAUAUGUACAGUUCAAAUGGAGCUGAUAGCGUAGGUUAUGUUCAAGCAGCGAGUCCUCAACCAUCGGGAUUUCCCAUUGCUGUAAGUCGGGCACCAUUAAAUUACAACCCGGGACCUCUAAUUCCUGCGGCGUUCACGAAUGGGUACCAUUGAAUUAAUUCUGGAAAUGUAGGUAAUUUAAUUUGGUUCGGGAGUGGAUAUGCAAACAUCAACAAUUACACAAACAACAAUUUCUGUAACUAUAACAUCAAUACCAGCACAAAUGGUGAAUAUAUCAAUUUAUACAAUAAUUAUUUGUUAUAAAACAUGAAGCUGAAACGUUUUAAACUCUAAAAGUAUGUUUGUUGAAGUUAUUAAAAGAAGAUGAAAAAUUAAAUGAAAUUAAAAUUUAAAUUGUGAUAGCACAAAAUAAAAUGGUGAAGAAAAAGAAAAUGAUAGAACAACCAAACAUAAAAAAAACGUCGAGGAAUCCAUUAAAAUCUUGGAAAAUAUUUUUUUACAAAAAUAUUUUAUUCACCACCCGAUCCGGAUUAAACAAAAAAAAAAUCAAUUGAAAAACGGAAAGAUUAAAAGAAUUAAUUUAAUUAUUAAAACACAAAAAAAUUAAAUCUAAUUAUCUAAAAUAAUGAGAAAGAAAAUGGAUGAAAACAAGAAGGAAUAAUAAUAAUAAAUUAAGAAAUUAUGAGAAAAAAUAUAUGAAAAAUUGUUUAGAAAAAAAAACAUGAGAAAACAACAACAAACAAACAAUAUAAACCAAAAAAAGGAAAUUAUAUUAUUAUAACCCUCUUUACCCAUGCACACAUAUACAUUUACAUUAAUUACCAAGAUAUAUUUUAUAAUCAUUAACUAAAAUUAUCAAUUCAUUAAAUUUAAAUAUUGUAUAUUCUCAAGCCACACACACACACAUACACCUUUUUAAAAAAAUAA